AUGAACGGGAACGGAGAACCCAGUGCCCCCAAACGACACCGGAGAGACAAAUACAUCUCCCGUGCAUGGUCAACGAACUUGGACGGUAUUGGUGACGUACAAGAAUCUGAACCCUUCGACAGGCCAGGAUAUGUGAACACACCUUUCAGUGCCCCAUCGACGAGGCCCAGUCUGUACAGAUCUAUCGGAUCAGAUCCCAAUCGCACAUCUCUGCGGUCGCGAAUAUUAGACGCUCGGGCCCUCUUUAGAGGCAGCGAGGACAUAAGGUCAGACCGAGAAGAAGCGCACCGUGGAGAAACUCACUCGAUCGAAUUGCCUGCUUUUUGUGAAAUCGAAGAAUCCCUACGUGCUUAUUUUGAGAACUCGGCAAAGCAAUAUCCCGCCAUCCAUCCUACAAAUACCAUCUCUCGCAUACACGAGAUACUGGAGUGCUUGCAAUAUCCCUUGUCUGGUUCAAAGAUUGAUAUUGACCAUGUCGCUGCCCCGACUAUAGCAUUGCUGUGCAUCAUAAUUGCCAUUGCCAGGAUCGGCGGCAAAGGCACGACACAUUCCAGCGCUGAUCGCUCUUUGGUCUUCAGGAAUCAUGCACGCAACCUACUCCAAAGCUUUGAAUUUACGCCCCCAAACCUGGAAGUUCUUCGAUGCUACACUCUGAUCACCACGUAUCUUCUGCACAUGAACUUUUUGGAUCUUGCUCAGCAGUCUAUCGCUGUGACGGUCCGGCUAGCAAUGACGCUUCGACUUCAUCGACAGUCCCCACUUCCUAGACAAGGAAGUGACUCCUAUGACCGGAAUUUGUGGUGGACUAUUUACAUACUGGAUCGCGAUAUCGCUUGUCUUGGGGGAAUACCCUUCCUCGUCAGAGACGAGGAAAUCGACGCGCCGCGACCGACACAGGAAGGCCAUUCUGAAAGAUUCUCUAGUGUGACAUAUAUCACACACGCAUGCCAGUUUGACGAGCAGGAUGAACCAGAAGAGAAAAGUUUGAAUCGAGAUGCCAUGUACUUGGAGGUUCUAGCCCAUCUGGGUCGCCUGUGGGGUCGCAUUUGGGGUGAUCUACUUACCAAUAUCUCGGAAUCGGACUGUCAAUGGCAAAACGCAGAACUUUUGGAUGCUCAAAUUCGCAUAUUCCAGCAACAACUGUCACCGAAAUUUACGUGGAAAAGACCAUCAAGCCUGGAGCGAGGUGUAGAAGAGGAGGAACCAGCCAUGAUGCAGCGACAGCUGAUUAUCCUCAUGCGCAUCAAUACACUACGACUGCUGAUUCGACGAAAUCCCGCAUCGAACUGCACAUGUCUAGAUCGUAAAGGCUCUCACAGCGGUGGUGCAGCCAUCUCAGCGCAAACAAUUGAAGCAAUAUUAGGCUUGAGCGCACGUCAUGAAGAGCUUGUGCAAAUUGGGCAUCAAAUCAGCAUCACUCUCGUCCAAUGCAUACUAUACUUGGUGCACAUCGUCGGCGAGUCGAACGACACAAGUGGGACGGAAUCUGCCUCUGCUUCCGUGGUUUCAGCAUAUCAGAUACUGAUCACUCUUUCUGAACGCUGCAUAUCUGCAAAGGAGGCACUCGAGACACUUGAUGCAGCGCUUUUCCACAACGAUGCGGGCUCGACUCGGGGCCACGCACCUCAUCAUACAACUGCAACUCUGCCACGACAAAAUGGCGAGGAUCGAAAUGGCCUGAAUUUAAACCACACACAAGGUCUGGUGAAGACAGGGAAGCAAUAUGAGGCCGCAACCUCAACCAAGAAAGUUCCCCGUCCAAAUGGGCUUUUUGAUUGUUUGCAACAAAGGUACGAGAGCUUGGAUAGCUUGGUACAAAAUACAUUGCCCAAGCCAUGA